CAAUUCCCCUCGGAUUUUCCGCUACAUGGAAUGGCGUAAAGAACUGGUUCAAUAAUCACUCGUACUUGCAGGGGGAGCGUCGUUUUCUUGCGGUCCCUUUCAACAAGAAAAUCAAUUCAUUUCCACCAGAAGUCUUGAAAGCUAUAAAUCUGAACCAGCAUUGGCUACAAGUUCGCCACAACUCCCAAAUGCACACCAGCCACUGAUAUUACAGGUUCUAAGCCCUCAGAAUGGCGAGUCCCACUUGCCGGGAUCUUCCCCUUAUUGUUCCGUUUACAAGAGUUUUACAGUUUACUUAACAGUCUCAAUCCUCUAGUAUCUGGAACGUUGUAGUAGAAUUUUCUCUCUUCUCGAUGAUUUCCUUUGCCGGCGGCAUUUCGCCGUCGCUCAAGACGGAGAUUUAUAACCUUCCCGCUAAUUGGACUUUUGUCCCUCUGAGGAGAGCAUUUCAACAUAGAAGCGAAUGUGUAAUGAAUAGGCGAAGCUUUGCUUUUAGGGGAAUUGUGGCUUCUGGAGUUUCAGUUACGGGCUCUUCUGCGGUUAUUCAACCUGCUCAAGGUAUUGAAAGAUUACCUUUCAAACCAGAAGGUUAUAACUUCUGGACAUGGCGGGGUCACAAGAUACAUUAUGUUGUACAAGGAGAAGGUCCUCCAAUAGUUCUCAUUCAUGGGUUUGGUGCUUCUGUAUUUCAUUGGAGGUAUAACAUACCAGAGCUGGCUAAAAAGUACAAGGUAUAUGCUUUAGACUUGCUGGGAUUUGGGUGGAGUGAUAAAGCAUUAAUUGAGUAUGAUGCCAUGGUAUGGAGGGACCAAGUUGUGGAUUUUAUGAAGGAAAUAGUGAAACAGCCCGCAGUGUUAGUCGGGAACAGCCUUGGAGGAUUUACCGCCUUGGUUUCAGCAGCAGGAUUGGCGGAGCAAGUCCGUGGAGUUGUAUUACUAAACUCUGCCGGGCAGUUUGGAGAUGCUAAUAAGUUGAUAGAUGAACCAGAAGAAACAAGCUUCAAGAAGUUCAUUCUAAAGCCACUGAAAGAUUUUUUCCAGAGGAUCUUUCUUGGAGUUCUUUUCUGGCAAACUAAGCAACCAGCUAGAAUUGUUUCCGUUUUGAAGAGUGUAUACAUAAACUCUGAAAAUGUGGACGACUAUCUGGUAGAGUCUAUAUCGAGGCCAGCAGCCGACCCAAAUGCAGGAGAAGUUUACUACAGAUUGAUGACAAGAUUCAUGUUCAAUCAAAGCAAGUAUACUCUAAACAGUGUACUGAGUGAGCUGAGGUGCCCUCUGUUGUUACUGUGGGGCGACUUAGAUCCAUGGGUUGGUCCUGCUAAGGCCAACAGAAUCAAAGAAGUGUAUCCCAACACAACUCUUGUAAAUUUGAAAGCAGGGCAUUGCCCACAUGAUGAAGUUCCAGAGCUUGUCAAUUCAGCUUUAAUGGAUUGGCUAUCAACCUUACAACAACCCCAACCCUCUGUUCCUUUACUGUAAAAAUCUCUCUAAUUUUUUGUGUACCAUUUGUAUUCAUACUUCACUCUGAGAUUUCUUUAUACAUCUCAGUUGGCUCAUGUCUGAAACUUAGAAUCA